AUGGUCGCAUAUGGUGAUAUGUAUACAACAACGGCAAAUGUUCGAUUCGAUACAAAACAGGAAGAGGAGAUCGAGUAUCACACAGACAGUGGAAGUUUGAAUGCUUCUCUAUGGGCCCAUCAACCAGAUCCAUCAUUUGGAUAUGGAGAUAAGACUACUGGAAGUAACUUGUACAAUGUUUUGAAGAAGUUUCUCGAUAAUGGGAACGUUUCAUUAUGUGGAGCCCAAGUGUUUGUAUUAGUGAAACGGUAUCCAGAUGAGACUGAUGGUUUUGACCCCAUGACCUGGAUAAUUACUCGCCCUUACCAGUUUCUUGCUUCAAACUUUGUGGUUUCUGGAUCCGGUCGAAUCGAAAUACCGGCAUUCAAAACUCCACUUCCAGUGGGUGAUGCAGAAUAUUGUACAGUUGCAAUAACUAUUCAAAAUCACACACUAGACAAUUCAUUUGUAUCGAUGAGCUAUACAAUUGCAAGUACCGAUGGAUCUUAUAUUUACGAAUUUCCAAGUGACAGUGUCAAUCCACUCUAUGGAACUGCACAAUCAGAUGAUUUUGAUUGCAACGGAUAUCUCUCAUACAAAUGGACAAUCGACUAUCAUUAUAACACUGAUAAACCACAAAUCAUUGAAUGCAGAAUGUACAGUCAAUUUUAUCACGACUUCCUUCCACUACCACCUUUCUGA